CCCCGUGACGUCACCUAAUGAGGCAGUGCGUUACAUAGGGCAGAGUUCGGACUACGGAAGCUCGCCAGUGACCUUGUUGGGUUAGCAGAUACGAGCUCCACCAGAACCAACAUGACCAUGCCUACCUUAUCAAGCGCUGGAUUCAGGAUAUCGAAAGACCAGCUGAUCGUGGCUGUGCCCGUGGCGGUGGUGGCGGCCGCGGGCGGCUUCCUCCUCAGCAGCUACCUGAGCGGGCGCAGCUGCAAGAAGGGCCGUGUCAACACCUGCAUCAGCAAGGACAGCCCCAAGGUGGUGCACAGCUGUGACAUGGAGGACAUCGGCACCAAGGCUGUCUACUGCCGCUGCUGGAAGUCCAAGAAGUUCCCGUACUGCGACGGGGCCCACGCCAAACACAACGAGGAGACCGGGGACAACGUGGGACCGCUCAUCAUCAAGAAGAGAGACGCCUGAACCGUCCAGCCCCCGGUCCUCAA